GAGCUCCCCUGCGACACCCAGCAAACCAAGUUCAGUGAGUGAGCACGCAAGCCAGUGUUUGUAGCCAGCAGCCACAAUGGCCGGGAACAUGCUAGCCAACUAUGUCCAAGUCUACGUCAUGCUCCCGCUGGAUGUCGUGAGCGUCGACAACAAGUUCGAGAAGGGCGACGAGAUCAGGGCGCAGCUGAAGAAGCUGACGGAGGCUGGCGUGGACGGCGUCAUGAUAGACGUCUGGUGGGGGCUGGUGGAGGGCAAGGGCCCCAAGGCCUACGACUGGAGCGCCUACAAGCAGGUCUUCGACCUGGUGCACGAGGCCAGGCUCAAGCUGCAGGCCAUCAUGUCGUUCCACCAGUGCGGUGGCAACGUCGGCGACGUAGUCAACAUCCCCAUCCCACAGUGGGUGCGGGAUGUCGGCGCUACCGACCCCGACAUUUUCUACACGAACCGCAGAGGGACGAGGAACAUCGAGUACCUCACCCUUGGAGUGGAUGACCAACCUCUCUUCCAUGGAAGAACUGCCGUCCAGAUGUAUCAUGAUUACAUGGCGAGCUUCAGGGAAAACAUGAAAAAGUUCUUGGAUGCCGGUACCAUCGUGGACAUUGAAGUGGGACUUGGCCCGGCUGGAGAGAUGAGGUACCCAUCCUAUCCUCAGAGCCAGGGAUGGGUCUUCCCAGGCAUCGGAGAAUUCAUCUGCUAUGAUAAGUACCUGGAAGCAGACUUCAAAGCAGCAGCAGCGAAGGCUGGCCAUCCUGAGUGGGAGUUACCUGACGAUGCUGGAGAGUACAAUGACACCCCUGAGAAAACCCAAUUCUUCAAGGAGAACGGAACAUACCUCACUGAGAAGGGGAAGUUUUUCCUCUCAUGGUACUCCAACAAACUGAUCAAGCAUGGUGACAAGAUCUUGGACGAAGCAAACAAGGUCUUCUUGGGAUGCAGGGUGCAGCUGGCAAUCAAAAUCUCUGGCAUUCACUGGUGGUACAGGGUUCCAAACCAUGCAGCCGAGCUCACAGCUGGGUACUACAACUUAGAUGACAGAGACGGCUACAGAACAAUAGCACGCAUGCUCACAAGGCAUCAUGCUAGCAUGAACUUCACUUGUGCAGAGAUGAGGGACUCUGAGCAAAGCGAAGAGGCGAAGAGCGCACCAGAAGAACUAGUCCAACAGGUGCUGAGUGCUGGAUGGAGAGAGGGCUUACAUGUGGCGUGUGAAAACGCACUCAGUCGAUAUGAUGCCACUGCUUACAACACAAUACUCAGGAAUGCGAGGCCGAAAGGUAUCAACGAGAAUGGCCCUCCUGAGCACAAACUGUUUGGAUUCACCUACCUCCGGUUAUCGAAUGAGCUACUAGAGGGACAGAACUACGCCACUUUCCAAACUUUUGUCGAGAAAAUGCAUGCUAACCUGGCUCAUAACCCAAGUGUUGAUCCAGUGGCGCCUUUGGAAAGAUCAAAGCCAGAAAUGCCAAUUGAACUUAUCCUGAAAGCAGCGCAGCCAAAACUGGAGCCAUUCCCUUUUGAUAAGAACACCGACCUGCCAGUUAAAGAUCACACUGAUGUCGUGGAUGAGGCGCUCCUUGCCCCUGUGGCUGUGUAGAAAUCUUUCUCUGCCUUCGUAAAAUAAUGUGCAUCACUGAUGCAGUCUAUGAGAGGGUCAAGAGGUGCUUUGUGAGAAUUGAGGUGCACAGGAAAUAAGCCGCCAAGGAUAAAUAAACUCUAUGCUACAAUGUUAUAGCCAUAUAGUGUGGCAAUAUUAUUGUACUGGUAAUCAUGAGGUUGUAUGUUUUUCCGAUGAGCUGCGGUUCAUCGGAACUCCACCCCACUUUGUUGUGUGUAUUUGAGUGAACAAAUAAAACAGUUUGUGCUUAUAACUUAA